AUGGCAGUCAAUUUCACCUCCAUCCCUUUGGUCGACUACCACGACUCACUUUCCCCUGACACAAAGCCACGCUUCCUCUCCGCGCUUAGGAAUGCACUCGUCGAUGUAGGUUUCUUCUACCUUCAGAACCCUCCGAUUGAGGUCGAAGUACGGGAGGCACUUGUGAAGACAACGGGUGCAUUUUUCGACCUCCCAACAAAAAAGAAGCUAGAGCUGGACGUGGCCGAGACUAAACACUUCCGAGGAUACGCUUGCGCGGGUGCCGAAAAAACAGCCACAAUAAGCGAUCAGCGGGAAACUUUAACUGUUGGUAUCGAUGCACCUGUCCAUGGUCCAAACUCGCCCAUCUACUACGGUCUCGAAGGACCUAAUCAGUGGCUUCCUGAAGAAACCACCCCAGGCCUCCGUAAAGCAGUCGAAGUAUACAUUGAGCAGACCCAAGAAUUAGCAGACUCGUUCAGAAUUUUGAUUGCUGAAGCCUUGGAACUACACCCUGAUGCCUUCACGAAGGUACUCCAGAGAGAAUACCCCUUCAGUCUUCUCAGAAUCGGUGCCUAUCCUAGCAUGGAUCCUUCAAAGCCUACUGCGGUAGAUAUCCAGGGCGUUGGGCCUCACAAGGAUGGAAGCUUCUUGACCUACCUGCUUCAAGGAACGAGCCAUUCAAGUCUAGAGGUGCAGAACAAAUCGGGAACGUGGAUCUCGGCUCCCCCUAUCCCGAACACACUUGUGGUGAACAUCGGCCGGUCACUAGAAGCCCUCACACAAGGAGUUUGCGUUGCCACUACUCACCGGGUCAACUUGAAACCAGCUCAAUACCUUGGGGCGGAUAAUAUGCCUCUCGGCAAGCGGUUGAGUUUUGCAUUCUUUCAACAGGUGGCUCUCGAUGUGACUCAAGAGGAUAUGAGAGUGGAGUUACCCCCUCAUAUUUUGGCUUUACGUGAAAAUGAUGUGAAGUCCGACGCUGAAACAUUCUUCAUUGAUCUUUUCAAAGGCUCCGCAGGCGAUGCUCUUCUAACAAAUUGCAUCACGAGCUAUCCUGAAAUUGGGAGGCGAUGGUACCCUGAACUUUUGGCUAAAGUGCUUGAGCAGCAGACUAAAGCAAAAAUGCUAGAUGAUGCAAAACUUGUUGGAAAGUCUCAGACGGUUUGA